CACGAGCACGAGCACGUCGCGUGGCGUGCAGGUGCAUGCAUCGCGGAGCGAUCGAACACACACGUUCGGUCGGUGUCCGCGCGCCGCGGAGGUUAUGUUCCCUGGUCCCGUGUGUAUAUUUUGAAAUCGGCAGGCCAAACUGGCUCGAUUCUCCGGACGCGCGUAUCCCGUGUCGCGCGGCGGGAGUACGCGACGCUCGUUGUCAGGGUCAGUCGUGCCGCGACGGGAGUGACGUAAACGCGAUAAUUCGAGCGCGGAGCGAGUCAUGUGCGAAUUUAAAGCAUGGUUGUCACGCAACGAAAGAUGAAGCAGAUCGCGAUCUUCGCGGUUUGCGUGCUGCUGGUCCUGGGCUUUUACAAAACUCUGGUGACCACGGAAGAGGAAAGAUCUUUCAAUCGCGGCCGACACCGCGCCGUACUCGGCGGAAAUAAAGCUAGUCUAGGUGACAAGAACGAGCUCGUCGAGGUCGCAACGCAGAAGGUUCGCGAUGUCGAGGACGAGCCGGCCGACGGAGACAUCAGGGACAUCGAGGAGGCGAAGGUUCGGAUCCGCGAGCUGGAGGGUAAGCUUCAGCAUCUGGAGGCGGCGAUUAAGAACGGAGUGGCGAAGGACUUCCCGACGGUGAAGUUCCUGAACUACAAGAACCGGAAGCGGAUUUUGGUGACGGGCGGCGCGGGUUUCGUCGGUUCCCACCUGGUGGACCGUCUGAUGCUCGCCGGGCACGAAGUGAUAGUCGUCGACAAUUUCUUCACCGGCAGAAAGCGGAACGUGGAACACUGGGUCGGUCACGAGAACUUCGAACUGGUGCAUCACGAUAUCGUGAGGCCGUUGUAUCUGGAGGUCGACGAGAUAUAUCAUCUCGCCAGCCCGGCCAGUCCGCCGCACUACAUGCUGAAUCCCGUGAAAACGAUCAAGACUAAUACCUUGGGCACGAUAAAUAUGCUUGGACUCGCGAAACGAGUCGGUGCAAGAGUGUUAAUUGCGAGCACGUCGGAAGUGUACGGGGAUCCUAACGAACAUCCGCAGGCAGAGACUUAUUGGGGUCACGUAAAUCCCAUCGGUCCGCGGGCAUGUUAUGACGAGGGAAAACGAGUUGCCGAGACAUUGAGCUAUGCUUAUAUGAGACAGGAAGGCGUCUCGGUCCGAGUUGCACGAAUUUUCAACACCUUCGGUCCCAGAAUGCACAUGAAUGACGGUCGCGUAGUGUCGAACUUCAUUCUCCAGGCUUUACAAAAUGAUUCGAUCACGAUUUACGGCAGUGGAAAACAGACGCGAUCGUUUCAAUACGUUUCCGAUCUGGUGGACGGAUUGGUAGCAUUAAUGGCAUCUAAUUACACCUUACCUGUGAAUAUCGGAAAUCCUGUGGAGCAUACAAUUGAAAAAUUUGCGCGUAUAAUAAAGGACCUGGUGGGUGCUACCAGUGAAAUAGUUGAACUCGCGGCGGUCGAGGAUGACCCGCAGAGAAGAAGACCGGAUAUUAGCAGAGCCAAAACAUAUUUAAAUUGGGAGCCCAAGGUCCCUUUGGCUGAAGGCCUGAAGAAAACCAUAGUGUAUUUCGCAAAGGAAUUACAAAGGACAAAACAUUCUCAAAAAAAUAGUUUUAAACAGUCUUCUUACAAAAACGAUCACGAUAUUGUAGAACAACUUUAGGGAUUCAAGUGUAAUGAUACGAUUAAUGUAUCCACUUUCAGAAGUGGCGUGAAAGUGCCAUUAAGCUAUGGACCAGUAUGUGCCAAAAAAUCCCCGUCCAAUUUGAAUUUUACAUAAUUUAUGUAGCAAUUAACAUACACACACAUACACACACGAUAUGCGAUCAUUUAAGUAAUCAGUCUCUCGAAUUUCUUCCGAUCAGGUACAUAUGUCACAUAGAAGCAAUAAUUUAAAAUAUAUUCCUUUUUCCAUGA